AUGUCAGAGCUGGCACAAACUUCCAAUCACGACAGUCGCGUUUUCCAAGAUGUUAUGUCGCAAUUCCCGGCCCUUAACGGUCAUACCCAAUUGAUCCUCGGUUUCAAACUUGCACCGGAAACACCCCGCGAAGCUGUCACAGACGCCCUCGAGGUGGCUCUCAGCAGCUUAACUCAUCAGAUUGACUGGCUCGAUGGCCAGGUAGUUGAAAAGGAUGGACUUCUUCUGUCAGUACCAUGGCCAAUGGAUGGACCCAGGAACCAGAUUCUUCGUCGCAAAGACUGUAAUACUUUAUUACCCACCAUGGAUGAUCUCAUUCGGAGAGGAGUGCCCAUCGCAGAAUUGGACGCAAGUAUAGUCUCGCCGUUUCCGGGCUUGAACGCUGGUCACAGACUCGAGCCCCCGGUACCGAUUGUCGCGUUGCAGGCCAACUUCAUCAGCGGGGGGAUGCUCCUCACCAUGUGUUUCCAUCAUAUUGUCAUGGACGGCACGGCUGCGUUUCAGUUUAUACGGCAUCUGGCUUCUGCGCUAGAGGGAAAGCAAAUUUCGCCCGCCGAUCUCGUACAAGCAAAUCGCGAUAGACGAUCAGUAGUCAGACUGCUUAGCCCCGGAGAGCCCAUCAAAGACUAUACGGAUCUGCGCCGUCCACCUGGCUUCACUUAUCCACCAGUCUUGUCGACGCCAGCCUGGUGCUACUUCAAGUUCCCCAUUGCUGCACUGAAAGCAUUGAUGAAGAUAGCACGGACGCAGCUGUCUACAUCAAGUUCUCACAAUGGUCGGCUGUCGGAGAACGAUAUCAUAUGCGCUUUUUGUUGGCAACGUAUCAGCACAGUGAGGCUAUCCAUCCAAAGCCCGGGAACAGUAUCCAAGUUCUCCAGGGCCAUUGAUGGUCGUCUUGCUGGAGGUAUCCCCUUAGGCUACAUGGGCCAUAUGGUUUACCACGCCAAUCUUCGUCUUCCUCUACAACACAUUGCGUCGUCAAAUCUAGGAGAUAUCGCUUAUAAAUUAAGAAAAGCUCUUGAUUCUUCCAACAACGAGUGGACUCUACGCAGCUACGCAACUUUUAUUGCCCGGGAACCAGAUAAGUCUCUUCUUCUCUACGGUGGAAAAACGAACCCAAAUACGGACCUGGGAGCGACUUCCGCUCUUGCUGGCGACGAUCUGCGUCCAAGUACUUUUGGCGCCCUGCUUGGGCCAUCAUGCUUUCUUAGGCGGCCAAAAACAACUCCGAUUACAGGCUCCAUUUCGAUGAGUCCCGCGGAGGGAGACUAUAUUCCUUUUUGCCUUUGCCUGCCAAGUGUAGACCUGGAGCUUUUAAAACCAGACCCAGAAUGGAAGAGAUAUAUAAGAAUUAUCGGCUAA